GUUCUAUCACUGUAAUUCUCCGUUCCUUCAAGUUACAACCCAGACCUCGGUCGGUAACUGGAAAAUACCUCUAGGCGAGACGUAUACAUCGUCAAUUCGGACAACCGCAACAUUGUUAAACUCCACCUUUGGUUCAUGAAUCUUAAUCUUAAUCAUCACCCGGGCUUUUCGAAGGACUUCUGGACUUUGAAGGCAUUCGAGUCGCCUAGUGCCGGGCCGUUGACUGAAGUUUGCUUAUGUCCUAGUAGUCUUUUGGCCUUGUUAUUGAUGUAAUGUGGCUCAUUUCAAGCCCCACUUUUUGGCUUCGUCUUGGAAUGGGGAUGAAGCCCUGAUGUUCUGGAAGAAUCCUGUUGCCUUCUUGAACCUUUUCCGUCACUGCGCUUUAUGUUUCGACUAUAAAGCGCCGCCCAAAUAGCAUAGAUGUAUCAACCAUGGAGCCCACUUCUCUGUUUAUCGUCGCGCUUCUUGCCAUUGCCAUCAUUAUUUUAAUCUCCAGGCAAAAACGUUCUGUCGUCAACCAGCUUCGGGGUCCUCCUGUGGAUUCCUGGCUUCUCGGUAAUGAAUAUGCAAUCAAGCAUCAAGACCAAGUCGGCGAUUUAGACUUUCCUUGGUAUCGUGAAUACGGUGCAGCCUUCCGUGGAGCUGUUUGCUAUGGCCAAGAUGUAUUGGUUCUUGGCGAUGCGAAAGGUCUACAGCACGUCCUUCACGGCUCUGGGUACCGUUAUCCCAAACUCCCCGAUACAGAUUAUAACAUGAAUAUCCUAUUUGGGCGGGGAAUCGUCACCGUAGCUGGAUCUAUUCAUCAACGGCACCGGAAAGUUAUGAAUCCCGCUUUCUCUGCAGCACAACUUCGGACGUUUCUCGGCGUCUUCCAACGAUCAGCGAAGAAGUUCUCUGGAAAACUCACCGACAUGGCUGAAAACGGACAACUGAAUAUUGAUACGAAGCUAUGGCUUGGCAAACUGACUUUGGACAUUAUUGGCGAAAGUGCCUUUGGAUACAAAUACGGCGCGGUAGAUGACGAAAAUGAUAAACUGGCUAAUAUAUUAAGCACUUUAUUCUAUGAUGCGGGAGCACUUCCUUCCCGUGCUGGAAUACUGUUUUCGGCAUUGCCUAGAAUCAUGCCAAAGCCCCUCCUUCAACUCAUGGAUCUCAUUCCUUCCCGGCAAAAGACGCAUUUCUCAAGUUUCAAUGUCGCUGCCAAAAAGGUUGGACGAGAACUUUUCAAAGAGAAUGUGGAGGGGAAAGAUUUCGAUUCAUCUUCCGGCAAGGACGUUCUCAGCAUCUUAGCGCGGGCCAACGCCCAGGAAGAAGAGAAGAAGAGGUUGAGUGACGAUGAAGUCCUUGCUCAGAUAGCGACACUUACCUUGGCAGGACACGAGACAACUGCAUCUACGCUUACCUGGACUCUAUUCGAACUAUGCAAUCACCCUGCGCAGCAAGAUCGUAUUCGGGCAGAAAUAGCGCAAGUCCGGAGCCGGUAUCAAACCAAAGGCGAACUCACUUCGGCGGAUUACGAUAGUAUGCCGUUUAUGAAUGCUGUGAUCAAGGAAACUCUUCGAUUCCAUCCUAUCGUUCCCACCCUGUUUCGUGUCGCAGCUUGCGAUGAUAUCAUCCCACUUGCUGAUCCAGUCACCACUUCUACGGGAGUCAAACUCACUGAAAUCCACGUGGAGAAGGGCCAGCUGGUUGAGAUUGGAAUCGGUUACUACAAUCGUAAUCCAACGGUGUGGGGCUCUGAUGCCGACGUUUGGAAUCCAGAUCGAUUCUUGGGUCAACUGGAUAAGCAGACUACAGUUGGAGUUUAUGCUAACCUUCUCUCUUUCAGCGCUGGAGUCCGCGCUUGCAUCGGCUGGCGUUUCGCCGUUAUGGAGCUGCAAGUCAUCCUGUUUGAACUGCUCGAGUCUUUCGAGUUUGCUCUCCCUAAUGCAAGCAUCGACAUCAAGCGACAACAUGCCGGGUUGAUGAUUCCCAUGGUGCGGGAUGAGAUGUCUAAAGGUACUCAGAUGCCGAUGCGCUUGAUUCCGAGCCCCAUCUAAUGACUGAAGUCGUUUUCUUUAUCCAUGUACAAUAGCUACUGAUUAUCUGUGUACUGACUCUGUAAACAAAUGGACAUACAUGUACCUGCCUGAUUCAAUAUAGGUGUAAUGAACUCAGAAACUCGG